AUGGCGAUUGGGAAGAGCGGGAAGGAUAAGAGGCCCAAGUUUUUGCUGGAGUUUCAGAUCAAAGAGCUGGUCAACGUGCCGCAGUCAGGAGGUGUGUGCUAUGUUAAAUGGAACUUGAAAGACGGCACGGGCACUUCGGAUACCACUGUCACUGGUGCCUCCGGUGAGUCUGUUAGUGUUUCGAAUGUGCACCGCGGUAUCACUAACAAAGUCUCCGUGAAAAGACACAGAGCUCAGUGGAAUUAUAAGCUUGAGAAGCCAAUGCAUGUAAAGCUACACCUCGACAAGUACAGGAAGUUCGUGCCCAAGUUACUCUACCUGGAGGUGUACUUUGAGUUUACCGACAACAAGCCAGGUGCCAUGUCGUCGGUUAAAAGAGACGAUAACGGAAGAAGAAGCCGGAGCGGGAGCGGCAACACAGACUCUGGUAGGGACAGUCCCAUUGCUGGUGUGAAGAACGCCAUAGACAACCAGGCCAAUAAUGUCGCUAAUGCUUUUGACUUGAAACGGUUUAGUUUAGAUACCAACAUUCAUACACUGAGGAUGCAUCCAAGCUUUUCCUCUGUCACUAAUGGCGCUAACUGCAAUAGCAAUUACACGCAGAGGACUUCUGGUAAAGUUCUGCUCGGUACAGUAAAGAUAAAUAUAACCGAGUACAUCAAGGAGGACGAGUCACCUAUCUCCAACAGGUUCCUACUGAAUGACUCCAAGGUUAACUCGAUUCUAAAUAUGACACUGAAGAUGAAAUUGACUAGAGGCAGCUACCAAGACUUCAUUGUCCCCAACGCCUUCACAUCGGGCCAACUUUCAACAAGCUUCAGAGGUGAACUCACAGGUAUACUGGACGGCGGUUCGGAGAGGGGAUCUCCGACAUCGUCUCCUAUCCCAAGCACGCUGUUUUCCAAUUCGGGCACUGGGACGAGUGGUGUAGGCACAAGCAUGUCAUCCUCCACACAACGCACGCGUUUUACGAACACGAUCUCAGCAGCAAUGAGCCCACUAGUGGAUACUCUUUACCAGAAGACCUUCCAGCUGCCUUGGGACCCCAGACCUGGCGAGUUUACUCCUCGUGAAUGUGUGGACGAUAUACUGAACGGCGGUUCCGGGUGGGCAAGAAACGAGAAGGGUGUAAACCUGAUAGACAUCGAGGCCCUGAAGAUCAACGAGAUGGAAGAGGAGUACUACGCCAAGCGCAACGUCUCUAGGCCAGAGAGCAGCACGAAGACUGCAUACCACAGUAAAGACGGGCGGACAUGCGAGAAAAUGUCGGAGAAGGACUUAAAGGGCUUCAACAACAUGGACACGCGGGAGUUCAUGGAGAAGAAACGCGAGUGGAGCAAGCUAUCACAGGCACAGAGGGAAAGACUGCGCAACGAUGACACAGAAGAUGAGAAAGGUGGCUCUCCAGAGAACUAUAUCAUCGAAGGCAUGAAGGAAGCAAGAAGCUGGACCAUAAAACAGCCGGUGUUCUAA